CAGACAUCAGUAUCAUUCUGGCAUACUCGCACGAUUUUGGAAUCGAGGAGACGCAUCAAAUAUAUUACACACGUGACCACGCGAAAAAUCGACGCGUAAAAGUCGAUCUCUCGUGAGUUGACGACAAGGCCAAAUCUACUGGUUGAUGAUUUUUACCGAGACCAUUACUGUUGACGGCUGCAUGAGGCUUGAGACGAUCCCGAAGACACAAACUCGACGAGCGGGGCGAGACAGAAGGAGCACGGUGAAAGCAAGCCUGGGAUCGCAAAGAGGAUUUAUCAGAAGACAAAUAAUUGAGUUGUUCUUCGAGAAUUGCAUCGACUGUGGAAAAAUGGCUGCUAUUCCGCAAGGUGCUUUUGCAGCAUUCAAAGUUCGUUAUAACGAGGAACGAGCUAUAUCAAUGUCAACGAUAGAAGGAAAAGAGAAGAUCGGCAAGGAGAAUGUAUUCAAUUCAAGACCUCCUUUAGAAGGUUGGGAGCUGACGCCAUUGAAGUAUAACAGCAAACUGAUGAACAGCAUCUGGGGCCUCUACAACCGCUAUUCAGUGCAUAAUUUUAAGAAAAAUACUGACGCUACGGAGGGGGCCCGCGGCGGGGUGGCCGUGGCGAUCUGGGGCGCCAUUCUGGAAAACCACCCCCCGGUUGUGAAUGCAGCCGUCGCUGCCGUCAGUGCAGAAAGUCCCCGGAACAUAAAGACCGAGAACGGUCUUUAAACGCGUCGCGGUCAUCCGAAUUCCAAUCGGAAA